CCACCAAGGGUCCAUCAUGUCGACCGCCGGCAUGCGCUUCUGCCAAGAGUGCAACAACAUGUUGUACCCGAGCCAAGACCGAGAGAUGAAGCAGCUCACGUUCACGUGCCGCAACUGCAGCCACAACGAACGGGUGCCGGAACACUGCAUCUACGUGAACAAGCUGGUCAAGGAUGCACGGAAUCAAAUGGAUGUGUUGCCGGAAGACAUCAUCGACGACCCCACGCUCCAGCGCGACUUUGACGUUGUCUGCCCCAUGUGCGGCCAACAAGGUGCGGCGUUCAUCCGAUCCCACGACGGGGUCAAGCAGUCCACCCUGGCGCUCAUUUGGAUCUGCUUGAACCGCGACUGCCAGACCGACGACAAUGGCAACCGCCUGCCCACGCAUCGCUGGAUGGACGACGCGUUCAGAUAGAAUAAUACACCUUGGUCUACC